AGGGCGCACCGCAGCAACUUUUUUGUAACUCUUUUGCACGACACCCACGAGCAGUCCCUUCACCACCAGUGCCAGUCGGACCUGUAUGGCCCCAUCGAUCGCCAUGUCAGCUUUGACCGCUGGUUUGAAAACUGAAGACCUUCCUCCCCGCUCGGCUCUCGUCAGCAGAGGCGAGAUGCAGACCAGCCUGAGUCCCGCAGAGGAGACCGGGAAGCCCAAAGUCGCUAUUCUGCCCUUCAGCGUCGAGGCACUGAUGGCGGAUAGGAAACCCAGCAGGGAGGUGCCAUCCCCGGAUUCCCCAUCCGUAGCCGGGACGUCCCAAGCGAUGGGAAAGAGCGCACGAAUGGGCUCUUUUGGUAGUCUGGAUACUUCACUUCCUGCUUUACCAAUGAGCUCCUCGUUUUCAGUAGGCGAGAUAAUGAACAUGCCAGAAGACGUGCUGAUUAAACCCGAGAGCCCGGACAGUAAAGAGAGGACUUCAUGGAUACAGAGUCCUCGUUUUUCUCCUACACCUCCACGAAGGUUGAGUCCUCCUGCCUGCCCUCUGCGAAAACACAAGACGAACAGAAAGCCCCGGACCCCCUUCACUACGUCCCAGCUGCUGGCCCUGGAGAGGAAGUUCCGCCAGAAACAGUACCUUUCCAUCGCCGAGCGCGCAGAGUUCUCCAGUUCCCUCAACUUGACGGAGACUCAGGUCAAAAUCUGGUUUCAGAACAGGAGAGCCAAAGCCAAGCGGCUGCAAGAGGCAGAACUUGAAAAACUGAAAAUGGCAGCUAAGCCUAUGCUGCCUCCAGCUUUCGGGAUUUCCUUUCCUCUCGGUGCGCACGUCCCCGCUUCCUACGCAGGGUCGCACCCGUUCCAGAGGCACUCGCUGCCGGUUUCCCCCGUGGGACUGUACGCGGCUCACGUCGGAUACAGUAUGUACCACCUCGCUUGACAGGGAACGCAGGACGAGGGGUUAAGACUACUUUCUCUGAGAGCCCC